AUGGGUCGCGUGGUAACCGGCGUUGGAGGUACGACCGCCCAAUGGCUUGCGUUGGUGGCCGUCGACAUGGACUCGGUCGGGGACGUGCUUGUAAGCAAGACAAACUUCUCGCCGUCUGAGGUCAACCUCAUUUGGACAAAGUCGGCGGUAUCUGCUCGAGACCUGCUCCUGAUGCUGUUCACGUCGUUAAAGCACUGCGCAGAAGUGACCAAUGCAGGCCUUGUGGAGUCGGGGUUUCGGUUCAAGAACUUCCCGGCUGCUCGGUACGCCAUGGACGUCACGUUCCAGCAAACGAAUGUACCGACCGGCGAAUAUGAAGAGAAGAAGCUGUACUUCAGCGGCAAUCACUCCCUGUAUGGACACGAGGUCGAAGUGUCCGUGGUACCGAAUGGCUUCGCGAUCGACUGCACUAAAUUCUACAAGGGCAGCAUGUCGGACAAGACAAUCUUCAACGAGAACAUCGACUCUCACCUGCCCAACUUGGCAAAGCGCACCGGCGAGACGACGCUUAAGGCCUCGGAGCUCGGCAUGGAGCAAUGCGCAGUUCUGACUGAAAAAGGCUACCAAGAUAUUCAGCACAACGUCCGGGUGGUGCUGCCGUUGAAGAAGGCGACAGGUGGCAUGCUCACCUUUGCGGAGCAAGCGAAGAAUGACCAUAUUGCCAGCGAUCGUGUCAUCGUUCAGAACUAUUUGGUCGGUUGA